UUCUCCACCACCAACACCUACUUCUCCACCACCAACACCUACUUCUCCACCACCAACACCUACUUCUCCACCACACUAAAAUCAUUGGGCCACAUACAAUUCUACAAACACUACAUAAACUUUACAAACAACUGCACAAACUCUACAAACAACUACACAAACUUUACAAACAACUGCACAAACUCUACAAACAACUACAUAAACUUUACAAACAACUACACAAACUUUACAAACAACUACACAAACUUUACGAACAACUACACAAACUUUACGAACAACUACACAAACUUUACAAAUAACUACACAAACUAUACGAACAACUACACAAACUUUACGAACAACUACACAAACUUUACAAAUAACUAUACAAACUUUACGAACAACUACACAAACUUUACAAACAACUACACAAACUUUACAAACAACUACACAAACAACUACACAAACUUUACGAACAACUACACAAACUUUACAAACAACUACACAAACUUUACAAACAACUACACAAACUCUACAAACAACUACUUUACAAACAACUACACAAACUUUACGAACAACUACACAAACUUUACAAACAACUACACAAACUCUACAAACAACUACACAAACUUUACAAACAACUACACAAACUUUACAAACAACUACACAAACUUUACGAACAACUACACAAACAACUACACAAACUCUACAAACAACUACACAAACAACUGCACAAACUCUACAAACAACUACACAAACUUUACAAACAACUACACAAACUUUACGAACAACUACACAAACUUUACAAAUAACUACACAAACAACUACACAAACUUUACAAACAACUACACAAACUUUACAAAUAACUACACAAACUUUACGAACAACUACACAAACUUUACAAACAACUACACAAACUUUAUGAACAACUACACAAACUUUACAAAUAACUACACAAACUUUACGAACAACUACACAAACUUUACAAACAACUACACAAACUUUACAAACAACUACACAAACUUUACAAACAACUACACAAACUUUACGAACAACUACACAAACUUUACGAACAACUACACAAACUUUACAAAUAACUACACAAACUUUACAAACACUACAAACAACUACACAAACUUUACAAACAACUACACAAACUUUACAAACAACUACACAAACUUUACAAACACUACAAACAACUACACAAACUUUACAAACAACUACACAAACUUUACAAACAACUACACAAACUCUACAAAUAACUACACAAACUUUACAAACAACUACACAAACUUUACAAACAACUACACAAACUCAACAAACAACUGCACAAACUCUACGAACAACUACACAAACUCUACGAACAACUACACAAACUCAACAAACAACUGCACAAACUCUACAAACAACUGCACAAACUCUACAAACAACUACACAAACUCUACAAACAACUACACAAACUCUACAAACAACUACACAAACUCUACAAACAACUACACAAACAACUACACAAACUCUACAAACAACUACACAAACUUUACAAACAACUACACAAACUUUACAAACACUACAUAA